AUGGCAAAUGCGGCUGCUAUUGCUGAGAGGGCUACCAGUGAUAUGCUGAUUGGUCCAGACUGGGCCAUAAAUAUAGAACUAUGCGACAUAAUAAACAUGGAACCUGGGCAAGCAAAGGAUGCACUGAAGAUAUUGAAGAAAAAAUUGGGGAACAAAAGCCCUAAAAUUCAGCUCCUUGCGCUAUUUGUGCUGGAGACUCUUAGCAAGAACUGUGGGGAAAAUGUGUUUCGGCUGAUUGCCGAUAGGGAUAUACUACAUGAGAUGGUCAAAAUUGUGAAGAAGAAGCCUGAUUUGAACGUGAGGGAGAAGAUUCUGGUGUUGAUUGAUACUUGGCAAGAAGCUUUAGGGGGUCCCGGGGGAAGGUUUCCCCAAUAUUAUGCUGCGUACAAUGAAUUGAAGUCUGCUGGGGUUGACUUUCCACCUCGGGUCGAAGAUAGUGUUCCACUAUUCACUCCACCACAAACACAUCCGAUAGUCCACACUACUCCAUAUGAGGAAGCUGCUGUGCAAGCCUCUCUCGAAUCUGAUGUUUCUGGACUUAGCCUGCCCGAGAUUCAAAAUGCUAAUGGACUUGCAGAUGUUCUGAUGGAAAUGUUAUCUGCGUUGGAUCCAAAUAAUCCUCAGGGUGUGAAAGAUGAAAUCAUCGUUGACUUGGUUGACCAGUGUCGUUCAUACCAGAAGCGUGUCACAAUCCUCGUUAACAAUACUGUAGAUGAGGAUCUCUUAUGCCGGGGACUCGCAUUGAACGAUAACUUGCAGCGAGUCCUAUCUAAGCAUGACAAUAUUGCAAAAGGAACAUCAACAGCUUCUUCUGCAGUUAACAGAGAAACCUCUGUUGCGCCACUUAUGAAUGUGAAUCAUGAGGAUGAGGAGUCUGAAGACGAUUUCGUUCAACUAUCACGAAGAUCAGCAAGGGACAACACCACACAGGGACCCGUGGCGAAGCCUCCAGCUGCCAAGAAACCGGUCGAGUCGAGCGUCGAUUAUUUAAGCGGCGACACGUACGAAACAGAUCGACCCGUGCCAACAUAUGGGCCCACAAACGCGGCCCGCCCGACUCUAUCACCCAACCAAAGAAAGCCCACCUCACCUCCCGACGAUUUCGUAAACCCCACUGCAUCCAUGUUUGCUCUCAAAUCAACAUAUGACGAAAAUCCCCCUCCGAGCAAAUCGGCUGACCAUUUACCCUCGGCAGCCGCAGUCAAUCUCCCGCCCCCUCCCUCAAGGUACAAUCAGAGGCAGCAGUUUUUCGAGCAGCACCAUGGUGGGCCCUCCCACUCGAGCAGCGAGUCGGGCUCAUCGUACGACAGUCUGGUGGGCCAGGCCCAAGGCCUAUCGAUCAAAACUCCUGUGGGCUCUGAUAAGAAGGAAAAGCCCGAGGAUGCACUUUUUAGGGACUUGGUGGAUUUUGCCAAGGCCAAGUCAUCCUCGCCCAAGCCAAACAGGUCGAUUUAG